AUGCCCGCUAAACGUGGUGACUCAGCUCCGGGUCCAUCAUCUCAACCAAAACGUGCCCGUUUCGCUUCCCCCUCUCCAGGAGCAUCCUCUCUCUCGCCCGAUGAUGAUGAAAAAGAAAGGAAAAGAGGUCCUCAACAUAUCGGUAACUCAGGCUACGAUUCCGAUUCUUCAGCCGACGAUGAAGGAGUGGUACCAUCCCGUAGACCGAAACCUAAAGAUGAUGACGAUAUGGAUAUGUUCGCUGAUGAACCCGCUUCGGAUGCUGAGGACAAUAAGCCUAAAGCGAAAGAAUUCAUGGAAUUAGGUGAUGUGGAAGGACAAGAAUUUGAUGAUGAAAAUGAAGAUGAAGAAGAGAAAAGAGCUGCUAAGCGGAAAGAAGGUUUGGAUGGGGAUAUGGGAUUUACUAUCACUCCUUUUAAUAUGAAACAAGAGAUGCAAGAGGGAAAAUUCACUGCGGAUGGGGACGAAUAUGUGGAGAAUGAUCAGGAUAAAGGGGAGAAACAUGAUAUCUGGUUGGCGGAUGUGGCUGAGGAAGAUAUCGAAAAGGUUAGAAAGGCACAUGAAGAAAGAGAGAAAUGGGAGAGGGAAAAAGAAGCUAAGGAAGCUGGGAUUGGAGAAGAUCCGAAUGAGAGGAGAAAGAAGGAAGAAGGUUUGUUGAAAGAUGCUGUGGGAUUGAUGGAAAGAGGAGAAACGGUUUUGGAAGCUUUACAAAGGUUAGGGAAAGAGGUUCAGAAAGAAGAACAGAGACAAGCUAAGAAGAAAAGUUGGACCGAGAGACAGAAAGAGAGGAAAGCAAUGAUGGCGAAAGAUGAAGAGGAAAACGAUCCCACACACACAUCAAACCCAUUCACAAACCUCUCCAACGUCAUUUCUGGUCUCACAGCUCUGGGUCAACUCGACGUUUAUUCUUUAUCGAAAGAAAGUAUUCAACGUAUGCUCCCUUCUUCAUCUACAAACGGAUCUUCCAACCCACCACGAGUCGCUCCACCUCAAGAUGACAGACAAUUUCAAUAUCGUUUCUCCCUCGCUUACAUGCGUAAUCUACCAGAAGCUCAAAGACCAGUAGAAAGAGAAUUAUUCGGUCCGUUUGCGAUCCAGCAACUACGUCAAUGGCGGGGAACGGGGUUUUUCGGAGGACCAGAAUGUGAGAAUGUUGAACUUCGUCAAAUGGGUACAGAAAAAUGGGGUACUUGGUCGGAGAUUGUACAGAUUUAA